UUGCUUGCAAGCCUAUUAUAAUGUUCUCUUUCUUGUUUUUCGGAAAACUCUUACAUAUUAACUUCUAUGCAUUCAAAUUUCUAUUACUUUUUUUCCUUUUUGCAUGUUUCAAUCUGUCUGGUUUUGUUUUUCUACAGUGCUUUGUUAAUGGUAAUGUGUUAUUGCUGUAUUACGGGAAACUAGCUCCACAUUGGGUGAAAUGGUUGCACUAUUUGCUCAGCGAUAUUGUAGCAUUGCUGUUCACAUAUAUCAGUAGGCAAAAAGAUUUGAAAGACACUGAUGGGUUCAAAUUUAAGUACCUAUACGAUGUGUUAUUGUUUCUAUUGCGGUCACAUAAUCUUGGCCUAGUUAUAGAAGUCAAAUUUUGGACUAUAGUUAGUUAAUUGGGAAUUUUCAUUCUGACCUGCACUCUUAUGACGAUAUUAUCAACAAGUGAUUUUUGAUCAGGGGACUGGAUUGUAAUCGUUUUAUAAUAUUCAUUCACUGCAAGAGUAGAAGCAUGAUAAUCCCUGAUGCGGCAGCAGGAUGCCACUGAUACAACCACCCUCAGCUAUUGGUUAAAUUGGAGGUUCCUUUUGUGUGCAUUUUCUGUGUUGCUGCCAACGAUCCUUGCAUUUCUUGUAAUAUGGAAGGAUAUACGUUCGAGGAAAUUCAAAUCUGGCGAAGGAGAACAUCAGCGAGAGGGAGCUUUGUCUGGUGAUGAAGCAUGGAAACCAUGCCUUAAAGAAAUUCACCCUGUUUUUUUGCUAGUUUUCCGUAUCAUUGCAUUCUCUUCUCUUUUGGCAUCGCUAGUUGCCAAAUUUUGUGUUAAUGGUGGCUCCAUAUUUUUUUAUUACACUCAGUGGACCUUCGCUUUGAUUACAAUUUAUUUUGGGUGUGCAUCUAUGCUAUCAGUUUAUGGGUGUUAUCAGUACAACAGACCAAGGACCACCUUUAAUGUAGAUAUUGCUGGACUAGAUGCAGAACAAGGGCCAUACAUGCCUCUCUUGCACCAGGAUACCACAAAUCUGUCUAGAAUCGAUCACCUUGCUGAUCCCCAUGAUGAAAUACACAAGAAUCAAAUUACAACCAUAUGGAGUUAUAUUUUUCAAAUUUUAUUCCAGAUGAAUGCAGGGGCGGUGAUGCUUACAGAUUGUGUUUAUUGGAUCAUUAUAUUUCCAUUCCUUACUCUGAAGGACUACGAUUUUACCUUUGUGAGUAGAAAACUUCUGGAUAUUCCUAGUUCUUUCUGCUUUCUUGUUCGUGUUAAAAUUGACUGCUUAACUUUCUUUACCUUUAGCUAACCUAAUAGGUUGAUGUGACAUCCACCUAUCAUAAAGGUUUGAGUUUGUGG